AUGCCUAAUCUUCCCUCUCACGCCUCUCCGCUAUUCUCUCCCCGCCCUUACAUCCCUCAAGACGUCUCUGGCUUCAAUCUGACUCACAAGGAUGACGUGCCCAAACAUCCACCACCAACCCUCAUCAGUCCAGCAUUCACACCUCCCUCGACGCCUGGCUCCGAAACUCCCUCGCAACGGAAGUCACCUCGUUCAAUUCCAGUCGACACCUCCUCCCAGCCGCCACCUCGGCUCCUUGACCAACUCCCUCAAGUAGAAUGCGUAGUCCGCGCACGAAUACCCACCACUUCGGGCUCCGAAAUGUUUCUACACCUCUACCACAACAAUGUCGAUGACAAAGAGCACCUUGCCAUUGUUUUUGGCUCAAACAUUCGGUCUCGCUCGCUCGACGCGCCACGACCCGGCGAAACCGAGAUGGACCGCAUGAUUCGCGGCGCAUACACUGGUCGGUUACAUCCUGGUAGAAUAAGCAGUCGCUAUGACCCACAAAGUCCUGAGGUACGGCCGAACCCGUUAGAAGAUGUACAUUGGCACACUGCACAAGGCAAGAAGGAAGCACUGCCUCUAGUGAGGAUACACUCGGAAUGCUAUACCGGCGAGACAGCAUGGUCGGCCCGCUGCGACUGCGGGGAGCAGCUUGAUGAAGCGGCUAGGCUGAUGAGUCUGUCGACUACCCAGAACGGUGUCAUUGUGUAUCUCCGGCAGGAGGGACGUGGGAUUGGAUUAGGAGAGAAGCUGAAGGCUUACAACCUGCAAGACCUGGGGAAUGAUACUGUACAGGCAAACCUGAUGCUACGGCACCCGGCAGAUGCGAGAAGCUAUGGGCUUGCUACGGCUAUGCUGAUGGACCUUGGACUCGGAGGGCAAGAUGGCAUCAAACUUUUGACGAAUAACCCGGAUAAGAUUAGAGCUGUGGAGGGGCCAAAUCGAGAGGUGUUGGUCAAGGAACGAAUGGCGAUGGUGCCAAUUGCAUGGAAGACGCAUGGACAGAGCGGUGUUGCGGGCAAGGAACUCGAUGCAUAUCUGAGGACAAAAAUUGGCAAGAUGGGACAUAUGAUCGAGUGA